CCUCCGAGCCAGUCACGUGUCUACGUUGUUUACAUCACUGCAGUGUUUCCAGAUCGUACUACUAUUUAGCCUGAAAAUCAUAAAUAUACCAUGGAGUCGCCAGUAGAAAAGAAGGCAAAGCUGAAUAACGGAGACGAAAUGGCUACUGUUAACGGAACCAAGACGGUCAUCAAGACAGCGAUGAAUGGUGAUGGGAGUCCAAAGACAGUCACCAAUGGCAAUGGUGAUGGGAGUCUCAAGAAAGUUAGCAAUGGCAAUGGCGAUGGGAGUCUCAAGACAGUCACUAAUAGUGAUGGGAGUCCUUGGUUUGGACACCAGUCGUUGGAAGAGAAUGACCCGGAGAUGUAUGCUAUCAUCUUAAAGGAGAAGGAUCGUCAAAGGAAAGGCUUAGAACUGAUUGCAUCAGAGAACUUCCCAAGCAGGGCUGUUCUAGAGGCUCUCGGCUCCUGUCUGCAAAAUAAAUACUGCGAGGGAUACCCUGGAAAUAGAUACUAUGGCGGUACGCAGUUCUUUGAUGAAAUGGAACUUCUGACUCAGAAGAGAGCCUUAGCAGCAUUUGGUUUGAAGGAGGAGGAAUGGGGCGUCAAUGUCCAGCCGUAUUCAGGCUCUCCAGCAAACUUUGCCGUCUACACUGGAGUGAUUGGCCCCCAUGGUCGUAUCAUGGGUCUGGAUCUACCGGACGGUGGUCACCUUACACAUGGAUUCAUGACGGCUAAGAAGAAGAUCUCUGCAACGUCCUUGUUCUUUGAGUCAAUGCCUUACAGGGUUAAUCCUAAAACAGGCCUCAUUGAUUAUGAAGCUCUAGCUGUAAACGCCAGAUUGUUCCGUCCACAAAUGAUCAUUGCAGGUAUGAGCUGUUAUCCUAGGAAUCUAGACUACAAACGUUUCAAGGAGAUAGCAGUAGAGAAUGAUGCUUAUCUUCUAGCUGAUAUGGCUCACGUGAGUGGAUUAGUUGCUGCUGGAGUUGUAGCUAAUCCUUUUGAGUACUGUGACAUCGUUACAAGCACAACACACAAGACACUUAGAGGACCUCGAUCAGGCAUCAUCUUCUUCCGUAGAGGUGUCCGUAAGGUUCUCAAGAAUGGCACUGAGGUGAUGUAUGACCUUGAGAAACCGAUCAACGAAGCCGUCUUCCCUGGUCUUCAAGGUGGACCCCAUAUGCAUGCUGUAGGAGGCGUUGGUGUAGCCUUAUUGCAGGCUUCACAACCGGAGUUUAAGCUGUAUGCCCGGGAUGUCGUCACAAACGCACAAGCCAUGGCUGAAGAACUUAUGAAGAGAGGUUAUACUAUUUCUUCAGGUGGAACGGACACUCAUCUUCUACUCCUUGACCUCCGACCCCUGGGACUGGAUGGAGCUCGUGGAGAGUUCGUGCUUGAGCGUGUAGGAAUCGUUCUCAAUAAGAACACAUGUCCUGGGGACAAGAGCGCACUCAAGCCUGGCGGUCUAAGGAUCGGUACACCAGCUCUCACGUCAAGAAACUUCAAGGUUACUGAUUUCAUGAUGGUGGUUGACUACAUUGAUAGAGGUCUGAAGUUGACUGCAGAGGCAAACAAGAAGUGUUCAAGUACAACCCUUCGUGACUUCAAGGCUUACGUCACAAGUGAUUCAGACUUCCAAUCCAAACUUGCUGCCCUUGAAAAGGAGGUCGAAUCUUUUGCUGUAAGGUUCCCAUUACCUGGUCAUGAAGUUCUGUAAAAACAGACCCAACAAUAAGCCAGCAUCAGCCAUGUACUUAAUGACCAAGAGUGCCUUAUGAUAGUCCACUUCAGUCUGUACUGAGCAAGUGCUUGCUCUUUGAGUUGAAACGACUGAAAUGAAUCCUAUCGAUUAUUAUUCAACAUAAUUAUUUUUUAUUUAUGAUUUUGUCCAACAUAAAGUCUUGAAAGAUUUAUGACAUAUUGUUUGUACAUGUGAAAUUUUUCACAUUAUCGUUUGAAAUUAAAUGUCAGGAUAAACAACCUGUAAGGACACAAUGUAGUAGGUAUACAAUCUGAAAUAUUAAUUUAUGUAUAUCUGGUAAAA